GUUCCUGUGCUGUUUUCCUGCACCGCGUUCUGCACCACUCUGCAUGCACGUGACAGGGAGCGGAGGCUCCACGUGGCUGUGAAUGGACGCUAAAAGAGGGACCCCGGAUUGUGGUUACCCCAGUUGGGCACUGUGGGGCAGGCAGGGGGCCUCCGGCAGGGAGACAUGGCUCUGGGAUGGGAUCUUGCCAUGGGACACGGGGUGUGCAUCUGGCCCCAGGGCAUCAGGGUGUCUGUGUGGGGGAUUAAAUAAACAGGCAGCAGGGCAGGAUGUAGCCGUGUGCCUGGCACAGCAGGUGGUUGUCCCCAGAUGGUGCUGCUUGGGGCCAGGGGACCCAUGUGAUGCCCUGGGAGGUGGCAGGAGCUGGCACCCACCUCCUGAGCUCUGCAGGGUUCAGUGGGGAGCAGGGUCCUACCCUAGCAGUUUGUGGGUGCUGGGAAAUCCAGGGAGCCAGGACCUGGCGUGCAUGGCUCUCCCACCAGUGUGCCAGGAACAGGCUGGGCACUGCCAGGCCCUGGAGAGGGGCAGUCACAGGGCCAGACCCCAAAGUGCUUCCCCUUGUAACUGCACCAGUAAAGCUGGAGCACCUGAGAAGGGGUGCUGGGCACUGGGCUUCAGCCACGAUGGGUCUCUGGCUGUGAUGGGGCAUCUCACUGUGCUGGAGAUGUGGGGGUGAUGGAGCCCAGUGUGGCAUCCCAUAGGGAGCACUGAAUCUCAGCAGGCAAGGUACCGUCUUCACCUUCCUGUGCGAUAGCAGCUGUCAUAUACUGCACCCACAGCUGGGCUUGAAUACAACCAAGAGGCAAAGAGACAUUAUCUUGGAGUGUUUCAAUGGUGUUAGCAAUUAAUUUUUGAUGAGAAUCAACUCGAAUCCGAAUGUAUGGGCCAUUAUUGUGUAUGCGCUCAUAGGAUUCCAGUUGCUGGAUUUUAGUAUCACCUGGUUUAUGGACAGAAUUCCCUUGCAAAUCAGUCACCUGAAUUGGACCAAAUGGUGUAGUUUUUUGUGGUGUGAUUUACUCUCUACUCUGAGGUGUAGUAGAUGCAGGGGGAGUUUAAGGAGAUAAAGAAUCAUCUUUUCCCUGAUUCUCUGUUGUGGGGAUCACCCUGUAUGUUUCCAUCCCGUGUAAGUCUGCUAGACUUUUGCUGGAAUUUUGAUCUCUCAGUCACCAUAUAUGGUAGCUUUUUAGUAUCAGUUUGCUGACCCUGACCAUCAUCUGUGUUUCAGCUUUAAUUAGGGAUCAUAAUGUUAUUUCCUCAUCAUCAGCUGAAAAUGCAAAUGUUACAUGUAAUUUUUUGUCAGAGUAACAGACCCGUUUACUGUCUUCCAACUCCCUCAUUGGAUACAAUUUCUGCAAAUGGUCCAGAUGCUAAAUCCUGCACUGGUGCCUCCUUUCCCAGAGACCCCACUGACCUGGCCUGGGCCAGGCACCACUUGGCUUCUGCUUCUCCUUCUCCUUGAUCUCCUCCUGGAGCAAGAGCAGCGCCUGCUCCAUCAUGGUGAGUUCCUGUAUUGCACAACCUGCUGGACCACAUCAUCCAGGAUGGAGAAGAUCAGCUUAUUCAGCCCUUUCCUAAAAGAGGCAUCAAAGGAGCACCCAGGAAGGCAGGAGGGAGGCACACCCUGCUUGCAGCACCCUCAGCCAGGUCCCAGCCAGUCUGGUCCCCAGCCAGGACAAGCAGGGACACUGCAGGGCAACACAGUGCUCAUGGAGCAGUGGGGGGAGAGAGGCAGAGCCCACUCCAAAACCGUCCCAGGCCCCAGCUGCUGGCACUUUGAACCUCCUUCACAUCCUCUGUGCUCCGUAGCCAAGCCAGCUCUCGUUAACCAUUACAGCCUGGGCACGGCAGGAGGGUGGAGGUGCCAGGGCUCCUGGGCACCAGGGCACACAGAAUCCUGAGAGGUACAGCUGCACCAGCGAUGGGCCUGGGUGGCAGAGCUGUCCCUGCAGCUCCACAACCCCAUGGCACUCAUUAAAGGGGCUGUAGCUGGGGGAGAAGUGCAGACAGGUGGGAGGAGAGGUGAUGCUGGGCUCCAUUCCUGACCCGUCAUGGCUUGGGCUUAGUGCAUGGCCAGCAUUCACGUUAUCAGGGUGGCAUCCUGCCAGGGAUCAGGGCAUGCCCCUGUGGCACUGGCAGUACCUCUGCCACAUGUGAUCCGGGCUGGACGUUGCCUGAUGGGGCACUGCCCUGGGCACAGUCCUGCUACAGGAUCCAGUACUGCCCCAGGCACAGUCUUGGUACAGGAGCCUGCCAGUCCCGAGGUUGUGGAGGCUGCCAGCAGGGAAAACAGCCAGUGCUGUGUGGACCCACUGUUAGCCAUGGAGCAGAAAGAUGUAAUCAGGCAGGAGCUGGGAAGCCUCCAUGGCAUCCCUCUCUUCAAGAGCUUCAUCGAGGGCUGGCCACAGGUGAAGGCUUUCCAAGCCCGUCCAGACAACCUGCUCAUCUCCACCUACCCCAAAUCUGGCACAACAUGGCUGAGUGAGAUCAUGGACAUGAUCUACCACGAUGGUGAUGUGGAGAAGUGCCGACAGGAUGCCAUCUACAACCGCGUGCCCUUCCUGGAAAUGAAGGUCUCCAAAGGGCCGAGUGGUGUUGAGCAGCUGGAGAAUACCCCAUCCCCACGGCUAGUAAAGACCCAUCUCCCGGUUCAGCUCCUCCCGACCUCCUUCUGGGAGAAGGACUGCAAGAUUAUCUACAUGGCCCGCAACCCCAAGGAUGUUGUCAUCUCCUACUACUACUUCCACCACAUGGCCAAGAUACACCCUGACCCUGGCACAAAGGCUGAGUUCUUGGAGAACUUCAUGGCUGGCAAAGUGGCCUACGGGUCCUGGUACGACCACGUGUGCGGAUGGUGGGAGAAGAAGCAGGAGAAGAUGCUCUACCUUUUCUAUGAGGACAUGAAGAAGGAUCCACGACGGGAGGUGCAGAAGAUCUUGCACUUCCUGGGCAAGGAGCUGGCGGAAGGAACAGUGGAGAGAAUCCUGCACCACACCUCCUUCCAGGAGAUGAAGAAGAACCCUGCUGCCAACUAUGAAACCAUGCUCCCCACCAUGAUGGAUCACAGUGUCUCCCCGUUCCUCCGAAAAGGGAUCUCAGGAGACUGGAAGAACCACUUCACUGUGGCCCAGAAUGAGCGCUUCAACCAGCACUACCAGGAGCAUAUGGCAGGCUCUGACCUCCACUUCCAGAUGGAGGUGUGAGGGGCUCAUCCCACUUCCCAGGAGGACUGUGCUUCUUCUUGCUCUCCCAGUGGGGAGGGUGGAUCCAGAUGGAGAUUCUUGCACUAAUUCACUUUUCCCUGUGCAAUAAAUUGUGAUAAAUGGA